AUGGCUGGAGAACCUCGAGCAUUUCGUGCAAAAACGGUACUGGAACAUAUGCCUCAGCAAACAGACAAGGCACUAAUUUUUUGGCAGCAGUUUCGGGACGGAAAAAUGCCAGCCGGUCUGUCUGCAGUCAACUUGGCAUCAGUGCCCGGAUCAUCUCAAGUCGACACCGCAUCGACGAUGCCUGGUGCACCCAGUGCCGAAAUGGCAUCGAUGCGUAGACUAAAUGGAAUUAAUAUGGCUCGAUCCGAGCCAUUUAGUAUCGAUAGUGCACCGAAUCCCGGAAUGUCUGGUAUCGGCAUGAAGUCUGUUCCGCCUUUUCCAUCUGACAUCAUUGUAGCAUCGAAGAGUGAGCAACAAGGAUUCAACAUCUCAUCAAUGCCAGGACCGUCAGGAAUAGACAUGGAAUCAAUGCCUGGAGCAUAUCUGAACAAAGUGGCAUAUAUGCCUGCAGCACACCGGAUCAGUGCGGUCAGCGCGCUGUCGAAGUUUGCUCCAGAGUGUGGAAUGGAAAUGAUACCUGAACUAUCUGGAACUGGGUAA